AUGGAUACUAAUAACCCAUUACCAUCUUAUACAGAUGCUAUGGGCACUCGGAAAUUAUCGGUAAAUCUAGAAAAUGUAAAUAUUGCGACUAACAUUCUGGGUAAUAAUGUUAAUACUGAAUUGGGAAAAUUUGAUAUUGAGAGUAGUGUGGAUAAUACUCCAGAUAAUGGCUGA